AUGCCCGCCACCGCGAAAACUUCAGAUCACGACCGAGCAGCUCUAUUGCCCAUUACAGCAAGUCAAGAAUCCAUCAUAAGAGGUACGUCCUCGCCCGUCGCGGCAUCAAACUGCUACAACGUCCUGGUUGGUCUCGAAGUCGAUACCAUCGCGCUCAGGACCUUCUACGCCCUCAAGGAUCGCCAGGGUGGCGCUGCCCCCUCGGUCGUAUCGACGAUUGAAAACCCGGUCAUCGGUGUCAGCGACGGCCAUCAAACUCCGGUCAACGAGGUCAUCAAAAUCAGCGACGGCAAGCCCGAUAGCAACAGCGACAAGGACAGCGAAGAAGACCUGCCGGACGCGGACGACCUCCUGAAGGACGAGGCCGCCACUGAUGGCGCGGACAAGACCAAAGCCCAGGACAUUGCCAGCGUUGACGACGAAGAGACUCAAAUCCAGGACGAAGCUGCAUCGUCAGAAGCUGGACCAGCCGUCCUACACAUUGAGCCCAUCGCCGGCGCCAGGACAGGAAGGGCCCGCGUCAGAAGAUUGGCGGAGUCAAAGGCUCGAGCCGCUUUAGAAGUCAACGCCAUGACCCAAGGCGGCAAAGCGGAAAUCUUUGCAUCCACAGCUAAGGACAAAGAAGAUAAGACCAAGAAGAACCAGGCGAACAAUUCGACCGCUGUCGUCACUGGCCUUACCGAGAAAGACACGCCCGGAAAGCUCAUCAACCUGAUGCUUUCCAACACAAGUAGAGUUGGUACAAGAGGCAGAACAGCAACAAAACCUUCAGCAGAGUAUACAACAGCUCCGUCAGGCGAAGAAUAG